AUAACAAGACUUGCAGUUUUCUAUAAACAGAGCGAGUUAUGCUUUUACCCAGCAUGGGCAUAUACAAUUCCUGCUACUAUUCUCAAGAUUCCUCUUUCUCUAUUAGAAUCUGUCAUUUGGGCAUCUAUGACCUAUUAUGUCAUUGGUUUCAGCCCUGAGGCUGGAAGGUUCUUCCGGCAAUUGCUUCUAUUAUUUGCCGUGCACAUGACAUCAAUCUCCAUGUUCCGUUUCUUGGCAUCUGUCUGCCGGACUAUUGUUGCUUCUACAGCUGCUGGUGGUUUAUCAAUCUUAUUUGUCUUAUGUUUCAGCGGAUUCAUAAUACCAAGACCCUCAAUGCCCAUUUGGCUGAAAUGGGGAUUCUGGAUUUCUCCGCUGACAUAUGGUGAGAUAGGUCUUGCUGUAAAUGAAUUUCUUGCGCCAAGAUGGCAAAAGACGCUACCAACAAACACAAGUAUAGGGAAUGAAGUCCUUGAAAGCCGUGGGUUAAACUUUGAUGGAUAUUUUUACUGGAUAUCAGUUUGUGCUCUGUUUGGCUUUACAAUACUAUUCAACAUCGGUUUCACCUUGGCCUUAACUUUCUUAAAAGCUCCUGGUUCUCGCGCCAUUAUAUCAACGGAUAAGUACUCCCAAAUCGAAGGAAGUAGUGACUCUAUUGAUAAAGCUGAUGCAGCAGAAAAUUCCAAGGCCACAAUGGAUUCUCAUGAAAGAGCAGGAAGAAUGGUUCUACCUUUUGAACCUCUAUCACUCGUGUUUCAAGAUGUUCAGUACUAUGUUGACACUCCUGCGGCAAUGACGGAGCUCGGUUUCACUCAAAAAAGACUCCAACUUCUUUCAGAUAUUACCGGCGCACUUAGACCUGGUAUCCUUACAGCCCUUAUGGGUGUCAGUGGUGCUGGAAAAACGACCCUCCUUGAUGUUCUUGCUGGUAGAAAAACAACUGGUUAUGUUGAAGGAGAAAUAAAAGUUGGUGGGUAUCCUAAAGUUCAAGAGACAUUCGCUAGAGUUUCAGGUUACUGUGAGCAGACAGACAUACAUUCUCCUCAGAUAACUGUAGAAGAAUCAGUUAUAUUUUCUGCCUGGCUACGACUUCAUCCUCAGAUUGACUCCAAAACGAAAUAUGAGUUUGUGAAAGAAGUCAUUGAGACCAUUGAGCUAGAUGGAAUAAAAGGCAUGCUGGUUGGCAUGCCGGGUGUUAGUGGGCUUUCAACUGAACAACGUAAACGGCUUACAAUUGCUGUGGAGCUUGUUGCAAAUCCCUCAAUUAUCUUCAUGGAUGAACCCACAACAGGGUUGGAUGCAAGAUCAGCUGCAAUUGUCAUGCGCGCUGUGAAAAAUGUUGCUGAUACAGGAAGAACAAUAGUUUGCACCAUCCACCAACCAAGCAUUGACAUAUUUGAAGCAUUUGAUGAGCUGAUUCUAUUGAAAACUGGUGGGCGCAUGAUCUACUGGGGACACCUCGGUCGAAAUUCUUGUAAAAUGAUUGAAUAUUUUGAGGGUAUCUCUUGUGUCCCAAAAAUAAAGAACAACCACAACCCAGCAACAUGGAUGCUAGAGGUUACAUCAACAUCUAGCGAAGCUGAUAUUAGCAUAGACUUUGCUGAAGUCUAUAAAAAUUCUGCUCUACACAAAAAUAACGAAGAGCUUGUAAAGAAGCUGAGUUUCCCACCAGCUGGUUCAAAAGAUUUGCAUUUCCCCACCCGGUUUUCACAGAAUGGCUGGGGACAAUUCAAGACUUGCUUUUGGAAACAAUACUGGUCCUAUUGGAGGAGUCCUUCAUACAAUUUAAUGCGCUCUCUGCACAUGCUUUUUGCUUCCCUUGUUUCUGGAUUGCUCUUUUGGGAUAAGGGAAAGAAACUAGAUAACCAGCAGAGCGUCUUCAGUGUAUUUGGUGCUAUGUUCACUGCAGUAAUCUUCUGUGGCAUAAAUAAUUCAUCUUCUGUUUUACCAUAUGUGACCACAGAGCGAUCAGUCCUAUACCGGGAAAGAUUUGCUGGGAUGUAUGCAUCAUGGGCUUAUGCAUUAGCACAGGUGGCAAUUGAAAUUCCAUAUCUUUUAGCUCAAGCGCUUGCAUUUACUGUCAUAACAUAUCCGAUGAUUGGAUAUUAUUGGUCGGCCUAUAAGGUUUUCUGGUACUUCUAUUCGAUGUUUUGCACAUUGUUGUACUUCACGUACUUGGGAAUGAUGCUUGUUUCAAUGACGCCAAGCUUUCCAGUAGCUGCAAUUCUUCAAUCAUCCUUUUACACAAUGUUCAACCUCUUUGCUGGCUUCUUGAUGCCAAAGGCCCAAAUUCCCAAAUGGUGGAUCUGGUUCUAUUAUCUAACACCUACAUCUUGGACGCUGAAUGGGAUGCUUACUUCACAAUAUGGAGAUAUAGAAAAAGAAAUUACCGUGUUUCAAGAAAAGAAAACAGUAGCAGCCUUUCUUGGGGACUAUUUUGGUUUUCACCACAAUCAAUUACCUAUUGUAGCAUUUGUUUUGAUUGCAUACCCCCUAGUUUUUGCUAGUCUAUUUGCAUUUUUCAUUGGGAAGUUGAACUUCCAGAGGAGGUGAUAUUGCAACUUAUUCAUUGUAUGUUUCAAAUUAAAUAGUUUCCAUGUUACUUUUGUACAUUAGACUGGGGGAAAAUAAGGUUAUGGUAUAUUCAUAAUACCAGGGAGAGAAGUAUGGGAUCUGAUAAGAUGCAUGAAUUUCUAUUC